AUAUUAAUGUACAUUUGCAUACAUUCGCAGCCACAAACACACUCAAGACAGAGAGAGUCCCUGGCCCUUUUAGCCUGAAGUGAGGUCAAAUGCCUGACAGUUACCUCACAGAAAGGAUAUUAUUAAUGGACAAAUCAAAAGAAAAAAAGAUCCAAUCUUUUUGCUAAAGAAUAACAACGAAAACAGCCCCUGAAUUUCAUGGUUAAAGAAAAGCAUUAUCAGUGAGAAAAUAUCCAAAAACACAGAGUUAAUCUGCCCACAACUUCACAGCCUGUGGCAGCCCUUCGAAUUUCCUGACAAAACCCCCCUCAACAGUUUUUGAGAUAAAAUCCAACAAUCCCCAUGUGGGUUUUUCUCCUUUUACUCCAACAAAGAUAAAAAUAAAAAGAAUCUCCUUUUCAUCUUCUACUCUGCUCAUUUUCUUCAUUUCGUUCUGGUUUUUGUUUUUUCCCUUUGUUUGUGUGUUCUUUUGUUCAUUUUCGUUCCCAGUCAUGUGGGAUUCUGAAACUGAAUCUGUGGGAGGACGAGACUAUGGCAAUGGAGUUCUAUCCACCAGCAAACCCGGCGUCAAAACCGACGGCUUCGAACAACGAGGCCAAUCUUGGUACGUAGCUACUGAUAUCCCAAGUGACCUCCUUAUCCAAAUUGGUGACGUCAGCUUCCAUCUACACAAGUACCCCCUUCUAUCCCGGAGCGGCAAAAUGAACCGAAUCAUAUACGACCCGCGCGAACCCGACCCUAACCGCAUAAUCCUCGACGACCUACCCGGCGGCCCGGCCUCCUUCGAGCUGGCAGCCAAAUUCUGCUACGGAAUCGCAGUUGACCUAACCGCAGCCAACAUCUCGGGCCUCCGCUGCGCGGCCGAAUAUCUCGAAAUGACGGAGGAUUUAGAAGAAGGCAACCUCAUCUUCAAAACUGAGGCCUUCCUCAGCUACGUAGUCCUCUCCUCUUGGCGAGACUCGAUUAUCGUGCUGAAAAGCUGCGAGCCCCUUUCCCCGUGGGCCGAGAAUCUCCAGAUCGUGCGCAGGUGCAGCGAGUCCAUUGCUUGGAAGGCCUGCGCGAACCCGAAAGGGAUCCGGUGGCAGUAUACGGGCCGGGCCUCGUCGAGCCCGAGGUGGAAUAACGAGGCUAAGGAUUCGGGCCAUUCGGCCAGCCCGGGCAGGGCAGCUGUUCCGCCCGAUUGGUGGUUUGAAGAUGUGUCGAUUUUGCGGAUCGAUCAUUUUGUGAGGGUUGUGACGGCUAUCAAGGUGAAGGGUAUGAGGCAUGAUCUUAUUGGGGCUGCUAUUACGUAUUAUGCCGGGAAGUGGCUCUCGGGACAGGUGGCAGAAGAUGGUGGGAGUAGUGGCGGUGGGGGGUGGAAAGGUGGGUUGCAUAUGAUUGUGUCGGGGGUUAAGGAAGAAAGUUUGCCGGCUGCAAGCUCUCUGCAGAAGGCGAUGAAUUCGAAUCCAAGCAUACUCACAUUCGAUUUCGAUUCAUUUCAUUUUACGGAAAAUCUAUGCAUGACGUGCGUGCAGGCCAAGGACCAGAGGAUGAUAGUGGAGAGCCUGAUAAGCAUAAUCCCCCCACAAAAAGACAGCGUCUCAUGCAGCUUCCUCCUCCGACUUCUGAGAACAGCCAACAUGCUCAAAGUAGCACCUGCACUCGUCACGGAGCUCGAAAAACGUGUCGGAAUGCAAUUCGAGCAAGCAGCCCUAGCCGACCUCCUCAUACCCACUUACGGGAAAACCGAGACCAUGUACGACGUGGACCUCGUGCAGCGCCUGCUAGAGCACUUUCUCGUGCACGAGCAGUCGGAGGAUUCGAGCCCCAGCCAGCAGCAGCAGCAGUUGUUAUCAGACGAUGGGGCCCACAGAGCAGUGGUGGGAAAUCCGAAUGCCAAGGCCAGGGUGGCGAGGCUGGUCGACAGCUAUUUGACUGAGGUGUCAAGAGAUCGAAAUCUUUCGUUGACCAAAUUUCAGGUUCUGGCGGAGUCUCUUCCAGACUCCGCCAGGACCUGCGAUGACGGGCUGUAUAGGGCCGUCGAUUCCUACCUUAAGAAGCUGUCGAUGGACGCGUGCAUGCACGCGGCCCAAAACGAGCGGCUACCGCUGCGCGUGGUGGUCCAGGUCAUCUUUUCCGAGCAGGUCAAGAUCAGUAACGCACUCGCCACGUCAUCUUUGAAGGAACCCUCCGGUGGUGGGCCCCACCACUACCAGCCCCUCGUCCCCAGCCGGCGGACUCUGCUGGAGGGCACGCCUCAGUCGUUUCAGGAGGGUUGGGCCGCUGCUAAAAAGGACAUUAAUACCCUUAAGUUUGAGCUCGACGGCGUGAAAUCCAAGUACGCGGAGCUUCAGGGAGAGGUGGAGGCCCUGCAGCGCCAGCUGGACCGGGCCGCGAUCAAGCCCAAGCAGUCAUCGUCCGCGUGGACCAGCGGGUGGAAGAAGCUCAGCCGACUGGCCAAGACGAAUGAUGUGGGCCCCACGCAGCACCAGGAGUCGGGUGGCCCGAAUGACGUGGCCCGGAAGGGGCCCAGGAGGUGGAGGAACUCCAUUUCUUGA